AUGGCAUGGGCAAUUCCACGGGCAAAAAAAAAAGGUUCCACUAUAAUCCUUGAAGCGGUGGCCGGUCAAGAGACUUGGAUUUGGCAUGCAUUUUUUGGAAUGCCUGGAUCUUUGAAUGACACCAAUGUUGUCAACCGGUCACCACUGAUGAGUAAGAUUGCAAAUGGUGAGUUGCCACCGGUGCAGUUUGUAGCAAAUGGUCGUACAUACAACUAUGGCUAUUAUCUAGCGGAUGGCAUCUAUCCAAAGUGGCAAACCUUCGUGAAGCCGUUGAGAAAGCCGGAAGGUUGUGUGCAGGAGAAGCUCUUCCAUGUAACUAUAGUACUAUAUACCAUCGAUGGUCAUGACUGCAACAUGAGCUAUUAUCUUUGUGAUGGUAUCAAUUCUUCAUGGGCGACCUCCGUCAGGACCAUCUAUGAUUCAAGGGGCGAGAAAAGAUCUAAUUUUUCCCAAAGAAAAGGAGUCGGAAAGGAUGAUGAGAGGGCAUUUAGAGUGCUCGAGCUCAUUUUGCAGUUGUUCGAGGACCUGCAAAAAUAUGGGAUACAGAGACGUUGUGGGAGGCCCCAGAAGCAUCAAGACCCAAGAAUUCACGCAGCCCGGUCCACCGUCGAGGGUUUUCUGGCCAGCCGGCCAUGGCCGGAUGCUGACGGUUCUCCUGGGAGGAAGCUCGGCUUCAAAAUCUGGCGACAGCAGCUCGCUAGGGUGCCACGCAAUUCCACCCCUGCUCCACCUCCACAAGAUCUACAGGCCGUGCAGACCUGCGUGCUGGCUCGGCGCUGGCGCGACCUCUGGAAGUCCAUGCCGGUCCUGCGCAUCACCUGCGAGGGCAGGAUUCUGAACCGGCGGGGCGUCAGGAGGCUCAACAAGUUUGUGAACCAUCUGCUGCUCCUCCGUGACCGCAGCGCGCCCCUGCAUGCGUGUGAGAUAGAGCUCAGCACUUUCCAUAGCCAGGAUGAACCGCAGGUCAACUUAUGGAUCCGGCAUGCUCUCUUGUGCCAAGCUCGAGUCCUCAGUGUUCAUUUAGGCCGUGAUAACAAUAGCUUCGAGCUGCUGGAGGACCUGCCUCUCGUCUCUCUGCACUUGACGAGGUUGGAGCUUUGCAACGUAGUGUUAAAUGAUAGCAUUCUGUAUUUUUCGAGCUGCCCAGCGCUGGAAGAACUGUGGAUGAGGGGUUGCUACGUCCAAGCUGAUAUGAUCAUGUCCCAGUCCCUAAAACGCCUGACCAUCCUUGACUGCAUAUUUUAUCCAAAUGAACGGACUCGGAUUUCUGUCCCAAGUCUAGUUACACUGGAAUUAAUUGAGUGCUGGGGGAGGACUCCUUUGCUUGAAAGCAUGCCAUCAUUAGUAACAGGAUCUAUUAAGCUUGCCGACUGUGAUGAUUGUUGUGGUAAAGAAGCUGGUGGUUCGUGUGUCGAUGUUACCUGUGAAAAUUGCAGUUCCAUUGAUGAUGACACUGGAGAUUGUGUGCUUCUCAAUGGUUUGUCAGAGGCUAAAAGCUUGGAGUUGAUAGCUGAACCUUGUGUGUUUAUCCUCAAAAGAGAUUUGAUGUGGUGCCCUACCUUUAGCAAGUUAAAAACCUUGUUACUCAAUGAUUGGUGUAUGAAGGCCAAUCUUGGUGCACUCAUGUGCUUUCUCCAACAUACACCUGUUCUCGAGAAGCUUACCAUCCAGCUUUGUCAGGCACCCAGCAGUCGGAUGGGGACUGAAGGAAGCUACAAUCUGACGGGACAACCGUUUGUUUUAUCUAACAAGCUUAAGGUACUUGAAAUCAAGUGUGAGAACAUUGAUGAGAGGGUUCACAGAAUUUUAACGUUCUUGAGUACCUAUAGCAUACAUGUUGAGCAAAUCAAUAUCCAGCAGAGUAUUGGAUCUUCUGAAGCCACACUCUUUAUAUUGAUCUGA